AUGGUUACGAGAAAUGGUAUUUCCCCUACUCAUUUAUUCUUUGCUGAUGAUAUUAUGAUUUUUUGUAAAGGAAAUGUGAAAAGUGUGAGAAAUAUGGUUUCUUUACUAGAGAAGUAUCAUCGUGUUUCUGGGCAAACCGUUUGCAGGAAAAAAAGUAAAAUUUAUUAUGAUGGGGGGUCUUUGAGUAGAUGGAGAACUAUUGUUGAUUUUCUUGGUAUGAGUCUUGCUUCUUUUCCUGAUCGUUAUUUGGGAGUGCAAAUCAUGCCAGGGGCGGUGAGAUAUAGACAUAUAUGUACUGUCAUUGAUAAAGUAAAAAAUCAAUUAGUUGUUUGGAAAGGUAAAAUGCUUUCAUUCCAGGAUAGAGUGGUGCUUGUUAAAACUGUCAUUGCUAGUUAUUCCAUCCAUAAUAUGGCGGUUUAUAAAUGGCCUCUAAAGUUCAUUCAACAAUGCGAAAGGGUGAUUCGGAAUUUUAUUUGGUCUGGGGAUUCCGGAAUAUCCAGGGCUUUUGUUGUUGGUUUUCAUAAAGUCUGUUCUCCUCUUUCUGAAGAGGGACUUGGUCUUACCAGAUUGAGUGUCAUGAAUAAGGCUUUGGUUGCGAAACUCUGGUGGAAUAUCAAAAGAUCACAUAAGAAAUGGGCUCGGUUCUUAGAAGCUAAAUACACUUUUAGGGACGGUAGAGUGAAGGAUUAUGGGAUAAAAUCUACUAUUCUGCCUGGUGUUCGUUGGGUUGAUAGAAUGGUUGCUCAAAAUACUAAAUCUUUGAUUAGUGAUGGGAGAUCCACGUCUCUUUAUUUUGAUAUCUGGUUGGUACAUCAUAGACAAGUCAAUCAUACAGUUCCAGUGGAAAUUUUCUGGGUGCCUCCGGAAAGGGGAGAGAUUAUGCUAUGUUGUGAUGGAGCAGCUCGUGGUAAUGGAUCCGGUAUAGCUGGAGCAGGUGUUGUAGUCCGUGAUGAAGAGUGUAACAUUCUUGGAGCAAUGAGCAUUGGCCUGGGCAUUACAAAUAGUUUUUUUUUGCAGAAUUAUAUGGAAUUAUUUUCUGAUUGGAAUGGGCUGUCAAGUGGGGAAUUAGACGUGUGCUGA